AUGUCAUACUUUGCAAAAACAGAUUUGUCACAUCUCUUAUCUUCCUCUCUUCUGUCUUCUGGAGGACCAACCGAAAGGAAAAGAAUUCCAGAGAAGCGUAGGCACUCCUGCGAUUAUGAGCAUGCUGGAUUUUGCAAAACUGAUUGUCCUUCAAAACAUUCUUCAAAAGGAAUAAUCUGCAGAAAUUCAUUGAUUGGAGGAUGUUCAGAUAAUAAGUGUCGUUACCAACAUCCACAUCCAAGGAGAGUUGAGAAAACUCUCCAAAGCAUCUAUGUUAACAAGGGUCUUGAUUCAGAUGAUGAUCAGAAAAAGUUCCUCAAGAGGCACGUUGUUAAAUGUCCAAUUCAUAUGGCAAAGGAUGUUUGCUCUGAUCCUUUGUGCAAUGAUUCAAAGUGUAACAAGCAACAUUUUGUUGAUACAAGUGUUACUGGAAUACAAGCUUUUGACUUGCAAAAAACAUUGAACGGGAAUACAUCAAAACUUGUGGAUUGUCCUCCUUCCAGUUUCGAAUAUGAAUUGCUCAUCAGUACAUGGAAGGAAAAGAGAGGUCAGAGUCAAAUUGUCAAAGUUGAGAAGGUGAUCAAUCCUUCAUUGGAAGCUGUCAUUGAAAGGAGAAAGGCAGAGUUAUUGCAACAAUGGCAAGAAAUUGAUUUCCUUUUCCAUGGAACCUCAGAAGCAACCAUUCAAUUGAUCCUUGCCAAUGGUUUUGAUGCUACAAAGAACACAAGGGCUGCUUGGGGGCCUGGAAUUUACUUUGCAUUCGAUCCAAACACUGCAAUUGGGUAUUCCAAUGAGAAGGGAAGUAAAAAGCUGAUUGUGUGCAAGGCCUUCCUUGCAAAAGAUGCUUCAGAUCACAAAUUUGUUGCUCAAAAUACUUGGUUUGUUGUUCAGAAUACCAGUGGUCUGCAACCAAUGUAUGUUCUCACUUUGGCCUAA